CUCUCUUGAUUUUUCCAUCAGUGGAAUCAUUCUUUAUUUUGAUUACAUCCCAAUACAGUCACCCCCGUAAUUCACCCGAUACCGUAUCCCCCUUAUUUAUUUCUUUCCUUCUCUCUUUGUGUGUGUGUGUGUUGGGAAGGUGCACAAUUCAACAUGCAAAGCUAUAAUGAAAUAGUUUCUGUUUCACGCAUUGAAUUCUGAAAAAUCCCAUUGCAUUUACAGCUCACCGUUUCCUCAUUGAUUUGGAGCGUUUUCUGGGUACUACCCAAUACCCGGAAACUGAGUGAGAGAGAACAGGGGUGUUGUUGAAGACUUGAAGACGAUGAAGAACGAAGAGCAAGCUCGGUUUCUGUUUGGGAUUUCUCUCUCUGACAGACCCAAAUGGCAGCAAUUCCUGCUUUGCUCUUCUGGGUUCUUCUUUGGCUAUCUUGUGAAUGGUGUCUGUGAGGAAUAUGUGUAUAACAGGCUACAAUUCAGUUAUGGGUGGUACUUCACUUUUGUACAAGGAUUUGUGUAUCUAUUUCUGAUUUAUCUUCAAGGCUUUACCCCCAAGCAAAUGGUGAACCCAUGGAAGACUUAUGUGAAGCUAUCUGCUGUGCUUAUGGGCUCUCAUGGACUUACCAAAGGUUCCUUGGCUUUUCUCAACUACCCAGCACAGCUAAUGUUCAAAUCAACAAAGGUUCUGCCUGUGAUGGUAAUGGGAGCCUUCAUACCAGGUUUGAGACGUAAGUACCCACCUCAUGAGUACGUUUCUGCAAUCCUUUUGGUGGUGGGGCUUAUCUUAUUCACCUUAGCGGAUGCUCAAACGUCCCCCAACUUCAGCGUGAUUGGUGUUGUGAUGGUAUCUGGUGCUCUAAUCAUGGAUUCGUUUUUGGGUAAUUUGCAAGAAGCUAUAUUUACCAUGAACCCUGAAACCACACAGAUGGAGAUGCUGUUUUGCUCUACAGUAGUUGGCCUACCUUUCUUGGUUCCACCUAUGAUUUUGACAGGAGAAUUAUUCAAAGCAUGGAGUUCGUGUUCUCAGCAUCCAUACGUAUAUGGUGUGUUAGUGUUUGAAGCCAUGGCCACAUUUAUCGGCCAAGUUUCUGUCCUUUCCCUCAUUGCACUGUUCGGUGCUGCCACCACAGCCAUGAUAACAACGGCUAGAAAGGCAGUGACAUUAUUGCUAUCAUACUUAAUAUUCACAAAGCCAUUAACCGAAGAGCACGCGACUGGACUUCUGCUCAUAGGUAUGGGGAUCACAUUGAAGCUCUUGCCUGAGAAUAAACCAUACCAAAGGGUUCCAAAUUCAUCAUCUGGCAAACCCAAGAGUUCAGAACCAGCUCAUAACGAAGAUGAGAAUAUUCAACUUGACCAUCAACAUGCUGAAGAAGACGAAGAAAAGAGGCCAUUGGUCUGAUAUAGAAGAAACUGCUUCUGUUGCACAAUGUAUGUUUAGCUAGUAAAGGAAAUGGUUAAUGCUAAAUAACAUCAAUUUUCGAUUUUUUACCUCCUGUUCUUUACAUUUGGCCUUUCUUCAUUCAUUCUUUAUAUUUUUGUGAAGUGUUAGUUCCCCACAGUCCCCAUAGUUACUGGUUUUUGUAUUUUCUUCCUUUUGUUUUGUUAAUGUUUUGGACUAUAUAUGAAAUAUUGUUUUCUCGAUGAUCAGUA